GUCUUAAUGCUACAAACAUUUUCCAUUUUACAUGUUUAUACCCCUUUCCCCCGCCCCACUUGUUACAGUGGAGGAGUGAGAGGGAAAGUAGCACAGUGUAUCUCUGAAACCAAACAUCUUUUAUUUCGGCUCAUUCUAUAAAGACCUCAUCGUUUUCUGUAAAACCUACUUUCAUUGAUUACCCUUUAGCUUCAGACAAGCAAAUAGGAGAAUGGGUUCAUUGAGAAUUCCCAGAAAGAAUGUCAUUUUCCUGUGUGUCUGUGUUCUUCUUUCACAGAUUGCUCUAUGCCUUUCUUCCAAGGUGUAUGUGGUGUAUAUGGGAAGAAAAGGGAGUGAUGAUGAUCCAGAUGAUCUUUUGAAGCAGCAUCACUAUAUGCUGACUACUGUUCACAGAGGAAGUCUUGAAGAAGCCAAGGCUUCUCAUGUGUAUAGUUAUAAGAAUGGUUUUAAAGGCUUUGCUGCCAAGUUGACAGAAGAACAAGCCUUUGAAAUCUCCAAAAUGCCCGGUGUGGUAUCGGUAUUUCCUAAUAGAAAGAGGACCCUGCAUACGACUCGUUCGUGGGAUUUCAUGGGGUUAAGUAGUCAUGACAGAAUGGAAAUUCCGGGCUUUUCUACCGAGAACCAAGUUAAUGUCAUAAUUGGGUUUAUUGAUACAGGGAUUUGGCCCGAGUCUCCCAGUUUUAGUGAUGCUGACAUGCCUCCGGUGCCUGCUGGAUGGAAGGGGGAAUGCCAACCAGGGGAGGCGUUCAAUGCAUCGACAUGUAACAGGAAAAUAAUUGGCGCUAGAUAUUACUUGAGUGGCUAUGAAGCCGAAGAAGAAAGUUCUGGGAAGACCAUAACCUUUAGGUCAGCUAGGGACAGUAAUGGCCAUGGCAGCCACACGGCUUCAACAGCAGCUGGUCGCUAUGUAGCGAACAUAAAUUAUAGAGGAUUGGCAUCUGGAGAAGCCAGAGGCGGUGCGCCUAUGGCCAGGAUAGCGGUGUAUAAGACGUGUUGGAUAUCCGGUUGCUACGAUGCAGAUAUGUUGGCGGCAUUUGAUGAUGCAAUUAGAGAUGGGGUUAAAGUCCUGUCUCUAUCUUUGGGUCCAGAUGCCCCUCAGGGAGAUUAUUUCGAUGAUGCUAUCUCUGUGGGGUCGUUUCAUGCUGUAAGACACGGAAUAACCGUGGUUUCCUCGGUUGGAAACCAAGGAGCUGUGGGAUCAGCGACUAACGUUGCUCCUUGGUUGGUUACAGUUGCCGCUAGUUCAACUGACAGAGAAUUCACGUCGGAUAUCAUCCUUGGGAACAGAACUCACUUCACGGGCGAAAGUCUUAGCACUCAUCAAAUGAAUACGUCUGCAAGAAUCAUUUCUGCUGCUCAGGCUUUUAGUGGAUUCUUCACUCCUUAUCAAUCCAGUUACUGCUUGGAGAGUUCUUUGAAUAGAACCAAGGCCGAAGGGAAGAUUCUUGUGUGCAGACAUGCCGGAAGCUCAACAGAGUCGAAGCUUGCAAAAGGCUCGGUGGUUAGAAAGGCUGGCGGGAUUGGGAUGGUUCUUAUAGAUGACGCAAAUAAUGAUGUUGCCAUUCCCUUUUCAAUCCCUGCAGCAACUGUUGGGAGACGGGUUGGCAAUAAGAUCCUUUCUUACAUUAGGAGAACACGCCAGCCUAUGUCGAGGAUUCUCUCUGCUAAGACCGUUAUAGGAACUCGAGCUGCUCCUUAUAUGGCUGCCUUUUCUUCAAAAGGCCCUAAUUCUGUAACUCCAGAAAUUUUGAAGCCCGAUGUUGCAGCUCCCGGUUUGAAUAUCCUGGCAGCUUGGUCUCCUGCAAUUUCAAAUAUGGAUUUUAACAUUCUUUCUGGAACUUCAAUGGCUUGUCCCCAUGUAACAGGGAUAGCAGCCUUGGUAAAAGCUGUGCAUCCAUCGUGGUCUCCUUCUGCAAUCAAGUCUGCAAUCAUGACAACAGCCACUGUUAUGAACAAGCAUCGCAAACCAAUCACAGCAGAUCCUGAUGGAAGAAGAGCUAAUGCAUUUGACUUUGGUUCUGGCUUUGUUAAUCCAAGAAGAGUUCUUGAUCCCGGUUUGGUCUAUGAGGCACACCCAGUGGAUUACAGAGCCUUCCUCUGCUCAAUCGGUUAUGACGAGAAAACACUGCAUUUGGUCACGGGAGACAACAGCACUUGUGAUCAAACACUAUCAUCACCAUCUGCACUCAACUAUCCAUCAAUUGCAGUUCCACACCUCAGAAACCAUUUUUCUGUAACCAGAACCGUGACAAACGUGGGGAGGCCAAGAAGUGUAUACAAGGUAAUAGUAUUCCCUCCAAGAGGAAUCAAUGUGACUGUUGUGCCUAGAAGACUAGCCUUCACUCACUUCGGUCAGAAGCGCAAGUUCACUCUGAAUAUCACAGUGGCUGCUCCAUCACAAGGCUAUGUUUUCGGGUCUUUCUCGUGGAGGAACAGAAGACAUAGGGUCACAUCCCCUCUGGUUGUCAGAGUUGCAGGCUCCAAGAAGGGUCCUAUGGGUUAGGAAGCUGAAAGAUGAAGGCCAUGGAGCAACUAAAGGAUAAUUGCAAAGAAGAGAUCAUAUAGAAAACAAUGUGCAAAUGGGCAACACCAUGGAUUACAUUAAACCAACUUAGAAGUAUUAGAAUACUUGUAAUUAUCAGAUUUUUUUGUGGUACUUUGUUCUGGUUUUUGGAAA